ACUGAAGUGACUACACAGUCCUUUCCCGGCUCCCAUGGGUCUAAACACCUGACUUAGGCAGAUUCUUAAGAACGAGUGCCGAAGUGAUUUAAGUCUGAUCAGAUAUGAGCAAUCCUUGAGACUCAAGUAGAGAAAAAAAAAUACAGAAAAAAAAAAAAAAAAAACCAAAACAGCACCCAGUUGAGACAGGAAGCUGGUUCAGGAACUCAGAAGUUUAGUUGACAGCAAAGGCAGCACUGUGAUCAGAGCUUCUGCCGGGGCAUCUGCAAGCAGCUGCGGAACUCCUUGUGGUUAAUGGAUCCCAACAGGUUCUUUUCAUGGAGCAUGCUUCUGUUUCUGUCCCUGGCUUGUGAGUUGAGCUACGGAUCAGGUGGAGGAGGCAUGAUGGACUGCCCGGUGAUUCUCCGGCAGCUGGGAAGUGACACAUGGCUGUCCCUCACAAAUGAGCACCAGAUAAAUAAGAACAGUAACAAAAGCGUCCGCAUCCUCGUCACAAUGGCAACGUCUCCAGGGAGCAAAACCAACAAGAAAAUAGUGUCUUUUGAUCUCUCUAGAGGAGGCUCUCCAGACCACCUGGAGAACGGCUACCAGUUUCUGUCAGAAAACCUGAGCCUCGGGAUCCUGGGAAACAGGAGGGAGAGUGAAGGAUGGUACUUUGUGAGCGUGGAGGAGAAUGUAUCAGUUCAGCAGUUCUGCAUGCAGCUGAAGCUUUAUGAGCAGGUCUCCACUCCAGAGAUUAAAGUGCUAAACAAAACCCAGGAGAAAGAGAACGGGAGCUGCAGCUUGAUGUUAGCCUGCACGGUGAAGAAGGGGGAUCAUGUGGCUUACAGCUGGAGGGAUGAGGCUGGCACCCAGCUGCUGAGCCCGGCCAACCAUUCCCACCUCCUGUACAUCACCCUUAGCAACCAGCAUCGUGACAGCAUCUACAACUGCACGGCAAGCAACCCCGUCAGCAGUCGCUCUCGGGCCUUCAACCUGUGGCAGGAAUGCAAGCAAGAAUCCUCAGAAUCAAGCUCUCGGAUACCAUAUGUUGCUGUAUCGAUAGGGGUCAUUAUAAUCAUCAUCCUGGUUUCCACUGUAAUAAUGCUAAAAAGACAAGGCACUUCCAAGAGGAGCUUCCCACCUAUGGCACCAUCCCACACACACACAGCAAGCCCUCCAGAAACAGGCCGACGAGAAAGCUGUAAAACAAAGCCCUGCCAACCACCAGUGGAAGAAAAGGGCCUUACUAUUUAUGCCCAGGUGCAGAAAUCAGGGCCUCCAAAGAAGAACCUCGCUGAUGCCCUGACAGAUUGGGAACCCUGCACGACCAUCUAUGUGGAUGCCACAGAGCCUGCUCCAGAGUCUAUUCAGGAAACAAAUCCAACCACAGUUUAUGCCAGUGUGACACUACCAGAGAGCUGACCCAUAGACCCCAUGAAAGGACUUUUUUGAAGAAAAACAGACGAAGCAAAACUUCUGAACUUGGCCCCAUGUCCCAAGUUCUCUGUGACAGAAACUGCACGUCUGUACCUUCCUCCAAUCAGUUUCCUGGAGAUAGAUAUGCACGGGAGUACCUCCAUGGAAGUGAGGCUUCCCACGCGUGUAACCUGCUCUGCAGCUGAUGCCAACAUAGAGCAGAGAUCCAUUGGUUCAGCGUUCCAUGUUUGCUGCAGCAGAUAAAAUGCAUAAUGUGAGUUCAGACAGCUCAGUCUUUGCAGGGUUGGAUAACAGAACCCAAAGACAAAAAAAAAGGGGGGGGGCUCUGUGCCUCAGUUUCACUCUCUGGAUAAAGAGGGAAUGAAGCAUAAAGAAUGAAUUCUUUGUUGUCUGAGAUCAUUCUAUAAAGGAACUAGUAUUUUAUUUGCAGAACUUAAGCUAGUAAAUCAAUAGACUGAAGAUGACUUUGAAGUCUCUAAGCUUUCAGAGAUACAAUGGAAACCAUCCCAAGUUCUUCAAUGGAUAGUUCUGGCAAGCAGUGUUCUGGUUAAAUCCAAGUAGCAAGUGUUUGGUAACGCUGUUACAAAGUAACCUGGGAUACUGAGAGGAACUUGUUCCAGGGAGGUUUUUCACUUCUCCAAGGGACUUUUGAAUCUAAGUUCUCUAUUUACUGCCUUGAGCAAAACCCUGGAUUCUCAAGAUUCUCCCUUUGUUGGUUCUGAGGCCAUUUUUUUAAGCCUAGGCCUUCUGUGGAAUUGUAAGUUUAUUUACCAGGAACUUCUUGUCAAACUGAUACCUCUGUGUACUAAAUUUAAUUCAAAUAGAAAAUUAAAUUAUUUUGAUCAAACAGUUUCAAAUGAUUGGAUGUUCAAUCACACAGAUAACAGAAUGCAGGCAGAAAAAUUCUCCGUACACAAAGUCCUAAAGACUUUACAUAAGCUCAUAUGUAAAGUCUUCAUGUUGUCUGCCCUCAGAGAGCUGUCUUUCAACUUACCGCCAUUCUUGCACAACUUUGUCAACUACUUUAAAAAAUAAAUAACCAUUUUGGA